AUACGACCAUAUCCACGAAAAGUUAUAUCUGCGCACGCGCAUCACCGAGCGCGCGCCUUCCCUUUCCUCUCCUCCUCCUCGUAGCUUCUCUUCCCGGUUCCUCCUCUCUCUCCCCGUCCCGUGCUUGGCCAUGCCGGGCGCUAGCUCGCCGAGAGGCCGCGCCGGCGCCGGCAGGAGGUGGUGUGCGCGCGGGGACCUCCUGACCGUGGCCGUCGCCGCGAUGCUCUGCUCGGCGACCUACUGCUUCUCCAUAUGGCACAACGGGCGCAACGCGGCGGAUAAGAUCGUCAUCGGGCCCGCCUCCUUCGUCGUCGCGGGCGCCGCGCUGUGCGGGGGCGACGCCACGGAGCUCGACUUUGCGGCGCACCACACCGCCGAGCGGGCCGGGCUCUCCGUGUCGUCCUCGUCGCCGACGGUCACGGGGCGACGGGCAUUGCGCGCGGUCGCGGUGCCCAUGGACGGUACCGGGCGCCGUGGCUUGGUGUUGGCGGGGAACUCGGUUGGCAGCUCGGAGGCCGCCGACGCCAAGAAGAGGGCACGGGUCAACGGCGAUAAGUUCCGGUCAACACACGCCGGUACCGUCCGCGCGUAGGCCGUAGCCAUCUCCUGUCUCGUCCCGGCGAUGGCGACGACGGAGCCAUGCUAUCCUGCCGGUCUUGGCCGGGGUUCCCAAGACGUGGUCGUGUGUUGCAUUUCGAAGCUAUACUAUAGUAAAUAAUUUACUCAAGGUGCAGUCCUUUUUGGAUCUAUGUUUGUGAAGAUAAUAUAAUUCGGGGCUGUUUCCGCGUAA